GUCAACAGUAGAUAAUAUUAAUUAGAUCGCAGUAGAUGGCGGUGGGUUCACCCGGCGGCCAGCAUGACCCAGCAGCCCAGGUCCAGGCCGCUUUUCGCUUCAGGUGAAACCUCUCGCUCUCUCGCACCCACCCGGUUCCCCAACUCCUCCUCUUUCCCAAGAACUCGACUCCUUCCCCCUCGCCAACCCAGUGCUUCGUUUCGUGCUUUGCGAAAGAAGGUGAGUAGACCAUCUGCUGCCACUGUGCCUCUUGUUAGCCUCUAUCGCCAGGCCCAAUCCCAGCCAGCUGCACUAGUCCCAGCAUGAUACCAUCGCUAACAUGCAGUCUUGCACCCUAGGCAGCGCAUCGCCCACAUCGACUCCCCUCUCGCCCAACAUCGCUGGACUAUAAUCGUCUUGCCUGCUCGCCUGUGCCAAAGCGACUGCAAUCAGCUGCAAUUUGGCCACAAAUAGGUAUGUUGUUCUCUCAUCCUGCCCUAUCCGACCAUGAUCACACACCAUGUCAGACCGCUUCACUCGCAGACCACCUUUCUGAAUUUCCCCAUCAUCAGCAAC